AUGGCGCCCACAGCGAAAUAUGGCGCAAGGGCGCUGAGACUUGCAGCGACGCAGGCCCACGCCCACGCCUUCCCGAUUACAGGACCACCUCCGGUUCCGGCAAGUAUAAUUCGGACCGGGCCCUCUACUAUAGGUUUGAUCCAAAGACGCUUCUUGACGACCAUCAUGGCGGCGCGGAGCGAAAGUACCCACCACGUCGUCGUCGCCCUAGAAUCCUUCUUCGUCCCCGUCCCACCCUUCGACUUCCCCGCCGGCCACACGUACGAGCUGCGGGAGUACUCGCGGACGCGGCCCGACGAGGUCGCCGCGCGGAUCAGGGACGCGGACAUAGUCCUCGUCACCAUAGCGCCCGUCACGGCCGCCGCCUUGAGCGCCGACGCGUCGCCGCGCCUGAAGAUGAUCGCCGUCGUGGCGUCGGGGACGGAUAACGUCGACUUAGCUGCGUGCGGGGCGCGCGGCAUCGUCGUCGCGAAUACGCCGCAUUGCAAUACCGUGUCCGUGGCCGAGCACGCCGUCGCGCUGUACUUCGCGACGCGGAGGUCGCUGGCGCUGGCGCAUGCGCUGGUCCGCACGGGCGAGUGGCCGAAGAAGGGCUCGUUUAAGGACGCGCUUAAUGGCCCGGAUGGCAAGCCGCCGAGGACCUGUCGGGAUGAGACGUUGGGGAUCGUCGGUUACGGCGCGGUGGGGAAGGCGAUUGAGCGGACUGCUAGGAGCUUGGGUAUGAAGGUCCUAAUAUCGGGGCGAAAAGGGGUGCCCACGGCACCCGAAGGCCGCACUCCAUUCGAAACUUUGAUCCGGGAAUGUUCGGUCAUUGUACUGUGUUUGCCGCGGUCUCCCGAGACGUUGAACACGAUUUCGGAGGUCGAGCUUAAUGCGAUGAAGCCUUACGCGGUUAUAGUCAAUGUCUCGCGCGGGGGUAUUGUGGAUGAGAAAGCCCUUGUAGCCGGGCUUAAGGCGAGGAGGAUCGCCGGAUAUGGUACGGAUGUUUAUGAGACGGAGCCGGCCGGUUCUGAGAAUAGCCUCUUGGUGGGACCUGACACGGAUGGUCUCAACUUGGUCACUACACCGCAUGUCGCGUGGUGUGCGGAGGAUACGAUUGCUAAUUAUAACAGGGCGACGAAGGAGAACGUUGAAGGAUGGCUUAGGACUGGCCAACCGAAAUACCCGGUGUUAUAA